GCUUCUGAGCAACCCCAGACACCACCACUGACUGAAAAGCCGCGGCCCCCAGCGGCGCGGACGCGCGACCUCCCGGCUCCUGAGAGACCAGACCCGCGGAGUCUCGCGGGAUCUCGCUGUUCUCAGCGGCGCAGUGAAUGAGACCGAUCGAGGGGGUUCCACCAGCGCCGGGAGAGGGUCUGGUGACCUCGCAGCUCCUCCCACGUCUCCCCGGCAGCCCGCCUUGCGCAUGCGCGGGUGGCGACGGCCGGCUACGGGUCGCGCGCGCGGCUGGCGCUAUGGGGUUGAGCCGCGUCCGGGCCGUUUUCUUUGACUUGGACAACACGCUCAUCGACACGGCCGGGGCGAGCAGGAGAGGCAUGUUGGAGGUGAUAAAGCUCUUACAAUCAAAAUACCAUUAUAAAGAAGAGGCUAAAAUCAUCUGUGAUAAAGUUCAAGUAAAACUCAGCAAGGAAUGUUUUCAUCCUUAUAAUACAUGCAUUACUGAUCUAAGGACUUCACAUUGGGAAGAAGCAAUCCAGGAAACAAAAGGUGGUGCCGCCAAUAGAAAAUUGGCUGAAGAAUGUUACUUCCUUUGGAAAUCUACCCGUUUACAGCAUAUGACACUAGCAGAAGAUGUCAAAGCCAUGCUCACUGAACUUCGAAAGGAGGUCCGCCUACUUCUAUUAACAAACGGGGACAAACAGACCCAGAGGGAGAAGAUUGAGGCUUGUGCCUGUCAGUCCUAUUUUGAUGCUGUUGUUGUAGGUGGAGAGCAGAGAGAGGAGAAACCAGCACCGUCCAUAUUUUAUUACUGCUGCAGUCUUCUCGGAGUACAACCUGGGGACUGUGUGAUGGUCGGUGACACAUUAGAAACCGACAUCCAAGGAGGCCUCAAUGCAGGAUUGAAAGCAACAGUCUGGAUCAAUAAAAAUGGAGUAGUGCCACUGAAGUCCUCCCCAGUUCCGCAUUACAUCGUUUCUUCUGUGCUAGAAUUACCUGCUCUCUUACAAAGUAUAGACUGCAAAGUCAGUAUGUCCGCUUAAAGCACAUAAAAGGGCAUGAUUAUGAAUGUUAGAGUCAAUUUGCAGAGUAUGAACUAAGAAAAGUUAGGGUACUCCACUUAUAAUAAUCCAGCUCUAAGAAUAAUUUUACUUAUGAUUUAAUGGCCAAUAUUUUGAAGUUAUUUAAAUUGUAACAACCAACCAUUGACUGAUACUUAUAUCUGAAAAUUCAGAUUGCAUUAAUACAAGUCAGUGGUAUAGCCUAGAAAAUUUGAGAAAAUAUGUGUUAGUCUGUAACUGGAGCUUUUAAAAAUUAUGUUAUUAAUCUUUUAGUAUCUCGGCUCCAUAAUGCCAGGCAGGAUUGCUUUACACAUGGAUGCCCAAAUGUAAGGUUUAUCUUCUGGCUUAAAAAUAUUUUUUAAAAACAGAUGUUUCUAAAAUACACAGAUUUAUCAAAGCAGCUGAAUCUGGUUAAUAUGAAGUACUAAGUCACAUGCAAAUCGAGGUAUUUUAUAGUGAAAUUAUUUGGCAUAUUUUGAAAACAAACAGUUAUGAAAACAAGCAGUAUUUUUUGCCUACUUUGGAUGUAUACUUUCUAUUAUGAAUCUGAUUUUUCUUAUGACCUUUUUUUUUGGAGGGUAGGGGGCAGUUUUUCUGUGAUGUGUGACAGAACAGUUAGAAAAAGCUGUUAAAAUCAACACGUGGUGCUCCAUUACCAUGACAUUUUCUCACCUGUGC